AUGCAGAACUUCACCAGGACAAAUUUUGAGCACUUGGUGAAAGUGAGGAACAGAUCCAUGUAUGUUGUAAGGAGCUGUAAAGAACUCAGGGACAGAUAUGAUGAACGAGAAGAUGGAGUAUACUACCUGACUACAGGUAAUGGCAUGCUGUACCAGACUUACUGUGACAUGACCACAGCUGGAGGCGGAUGGACGCUGGUGGCGAGCGUCCAUGAGAACAGCAUUUAUGGGAGGUGCACUGUGGGUGAUCGCUGGUCCAGCCAGCAGGGCAACAAUGCUGACCUGCCGGAUGGAGACGGGAACUGGUCCAACAGAAACACCUUUGGAACAGUAGAGAGCGCCACUUCUGAUGACUUUAAGAAUCCAGGUUACUAUGAUAUAACAGCUGAGGACAUGUCUGUGUGGCACAUUCCAAACAACUUCCCGCUGGAAUUCUGGAACCUGGAAGCUGCAGCCGUCCUCCGCUACCACACUGAAAACCGCUUCCUCAGACUGUAUGGAGGAAAUCUCUUUCAGCUCUUCAAGCAAUAUCCAGUGAGAUACAAUGUUGGGUCAUGCGGUGACAGAGGGCCAGCUAUUCGCAUCGUAUAUGACCACGGGGAUGAGGAGUCCACCAGAAUGUUGUAUGGACCCAAUUCAAGAAAUGAGUUUGAACCAGGCUUCAUCACAUUUAGAGCUAUAAACCGUGAACGUGCGGCCAUGGCUAUCUGCUCUGGUGUCAAGCCAACUGUUGGUUACAACACUGAACAUUACUGUAUAGGAGGAGGAGGAUAUUUCCUCCCUGACCAGUGUGGGGACUUCCCAUCAUUUGACUACGACAGACUGGGCAGGGAGCAAGGCUGGAGCGCCUCCAGAGAGAUGUCCGAGGCUGCUGUCUUACUGUUUUACCGCUGA